ACCGAGGAGAGCCUCGAAGCCGCACGGAAACAGGCCAACGAACAACUGGUGCUUAUCCAGCCGUAUGCGAAUGAGGCCUAUGCGUGGGCUGACAAGAACGUACUCAAGCCAGUCGACGAUGCGGUGGUCAAGCCACUGUGCCCUGUCGUGGAUGAAUAUUACACCCACGGCACCAAGCUGUACAACGAACACGUCCACCCUACG